CCAUCAAAAUCAUUCAUUGAUACUUAAUUGUUGAGUUGAUGAGUUACACUAAAGAUGAAUAAUCAAAUAUUUUUAAAGAUGUUCUUUUUUCUGGUUUUUCUGUUGUUAAAUUGUUCAAUUAUCCACUGUACAUCUUUGGUGGGAUCAAGAGCUACGGGUCACAGUGAUACCAAUAGGAUUAUUCAUGCAUCGUUAUCAGACAAGAACACUGGCCGCGUUUGGCAAAUCCAAGAAUGGGUUUACUCAGGAAGUCCAAGGGCUGGACGAAUCGAAAUAAAAUCAGAUGAAAAUGAAGCCAAUGUCUUCUAUUCGUACAAAAACUCAAUGGAUAACAAGAAACGUCUCGUUAUUCACGACAAUGAAUGCGAUCUUUACAAUUAUGAUCUCAAGUGGGACAACUUAUUGCCUGGUGUAAAUAAACCUUUAACUAAUCUUAUCCUGCUUUUGGGUCCAUCUGUCUUGGAUCGUUUUAGUGGCUUUGAUUGGGCAAAUGGUAACGAUGAGAUUAUCCGAGGUUCACUUAUGCACAGUGUCUCAACCGAUUUAGAUGGUAAACUCAACAUAACUUUAUUUUAUGAAAAUAACCUUAACCAAAUGAAUGGCAUUCAACAGCCAAGUCAAAUUGUAUUCACUGGUCACAAUCCUGAUACUUUAGUUGAAGGAGAAGCUGAGACUCUCAUCUUAGACAUUUACUUACAAUCACAGACCGAACAAAGAUUGGAUAAACUAGUUCAGGUUACACCAGGAUUUGGUUGUCCAGUAUACCUAAAUGGAGAUCGGGCCUUCCCUGAACUCAAUUCGGUCAAAAUUCAUUUCAUAGCUGCUGAACAAGUUAAUGGCCGUGACACAGGAGUGAAUGAGUUUCAUGCUGAUGAAACUUAUCAAGUUGUUCUACAGUCUCUACUAAAAAAAGGAUACGGAGAGGAAAGACUUUACGAUUAUCCUCUUGCUGCUCUUUAUCGUAUAUCAACUUAUGGCUGCUAUGCAUCUCCGAUUGAUUCAAGUGCUCCUGGUAUGGAAGAAAGUGGAUCAUUUUCAAUAGCAAGUCUACUCUGGUUACCGAAGACAUUGAAGUAUCUGGGAGAGAUAAUAUUUGAGCAUAGAUCAGGUUAUAAUGUUCAUGUAUGGGAAUCCACCGAGACCAAUAGAGUUAUAAACGACAAAACAUAUGAUAAAGUGGUUACAACACAGUAUUUGAGUUCAUCUUACCAAUAUGAUAUUUUCAAUCGCUACAGUCUUGUUGCAGCUUCAAUAAAAGCUUACACAAAAGAUGCAAAGGGUUCAUAUGUUUUAUCAUAUUCAACUCAUCGAGAUUAUUAUGAUUCCAAUAGUGAUUUACCUGAAUCUGAAUACCAUGAAGCACUUCAAGUUGAAGACUGCUUCAAAAAACCAAAUGAAAGAUUGAAUUUAAAGUUUUAUUUAACAUGCAAAGAUUCUGAAGGAUGCAUUCAAAAAUCACAAGAUUCAGUUUAUGAAAUGAAAGAACUAUUUCGAUCAAGUUUACUUGGACAACUAGGAAUAUCAUCAACUCGAGUUUCUGAUAUUCAAUUUAAGUUCCAGGAAGAAGUGAUUGAAGCUGAUGUUACUUUUCUCGAAGCUCCGCAAAUUUCUGAGGUUCUACCAGUUGCGCUCAAGACAUUGAAACCAGAAUCCAUCAGCAAAUUACACGAGACUGUUGCUGGUAGUGCUGAAAAGUGUCUUCAAUAUCAUUCAUCAUUCGUUCCUUCAGGGCCUGCCAUAAUCUAUUGCCCCGUUGGAAAUGUUUGCUUUAGUACUAAAAACCCAAAAGAGAUACAGCGAGAUAGCAGCGGAAUUGCGUGUUAUAUAUACACUGAUCCAUACAAAAAACUGAAUAGGUUACGCCAGGAAAAGCCUUUAUCAGAUUUACAUGAUCAUACACUUGGUUACUUUGGACACAUAACAUUUAAUUUGAAUCUUGAUGAAAAAGCCAAAGCAGUUGCUUUUCAAGUAACAGAUGUCGUUGCUCAAAACGAAGGUGCUGAAGUGCGAAAACUACCAUUUGAUACUUUUUAUCAUGGCGGCCAAUUUGAUGAAAUAGAUGGUACUCAUGCUGUCAUGGUUCCUGGAGUCAACCGUUUUGGUGAUUGUUAUCGUGCCUGUUCUCAGAAUGAAGAUAUACCUUGUGAAACAUUUUCAUUUUGUAACCGAAAAGAUAAGAAGGAAUGUGUUGUAUCGAUUUGGUCCGAAUCGCAGAUAAAAAAUAAUCUAACAGGUGAUUCAGAUUGUGUUAUUUAUUCGAAGAAUCACUUGUCGGACUUUACUGUUCGACUUAAUUUGAAAUAUAAGCAUCCAACUACAGUGGCUAAGGAAGCUAACAUUGAUAAUUGUGCUGCGGAAUGUUAUGCUUCAAAAGAUUGUGUUUCAUUUCAAUUUUGUAGGGGUGAUAAGUGUUCAUUCGGUGGUUAUGCCACAUCAGCAAAUACAGAGUUUGACGAAGAAUGUCGUAUUUAUAUUCCCAAAAGCUCUGAAAAAUAUACUGUAACUGGAACGAAACUUGUAAGUCAAGUCUUAUACACAGAAGUUGAUUUAGAUUUGGAUCAAUGUGCAGCUAUUUGUGAUGAUGAUCAAUCAUGUAAAUCAUUCAACUUCUGUCCUAAAGGGAAAGCACCCGCUCAAUGUCAAAUAACUUCAUAUUCAACUAAAGAUCCCAAGACGGAAUCAGUGGAAUCAUCCAUUUGUCAUAACUUUGAAUUAACUGUUAAAUCCAAAGCAGAGGCACUUUCAGAUAACAGUCCUGAUGUUAAAGUAUCUGGAGUCAGUGGUGGAGGAGUUUUCGGUAUUAUCAUGUUGUUCCUAUUCAUUGGUCUUUUUGCUGGUUUCGCUGGUCCUUAUGUUUACGCUAAAGUAAAAUCAAGAGAUACUGUCAAAUCUAAAGACGAUUUUGGAUGGUCAAAGCAUGAAGAUGAUGAUGAGAAUCAGACAGAAAUAUAAAAUGAUCAUUUUGUGUGAAAAUUAAAUUCAUAAAUUUAUAAGUUCUUCAUAUAUUAUUUUAAAUAUUUUACAUGCAAUAUCUCGAUUACGAGCGCUGGUGAAUGUAGACGCAAAAGUAUUAGAAAUAUUCAGAAAAUUUAGAAAAGCGAAAUUUGGCUCAAAGUUAUUGAAAAAGAUGUAAUUCACUUAAUAUAACCCAACACAGGUCAAUUGAAAAGUUCAGGCCAUCAUCGAAACUAAAUUUCACCGACAGCUGAUUGAAAAAAUGGACUUUCGAACUUUUAAAAAGAGACUUUUUAGAAAAGGACUUCGAUUUCAUAUAUUUCAGCGAUUAUUACGAAAUAAAAAGAACAGAAGGUCACCUUGUUAGGUUAUAUUAAGUGAAUUACAUCUUUUCUAAUAGCUUUGAGGCCAAAUUUCACCAUUUUUCGAUUCUUCGAAACCCUAGUAUGAAGUUGAAGAAUAUAUGGUUUUUGACUUAAUGCAAAAUCAGAUUUUGACGCCUUUGUCUAUUUAAGGCCAUAACUUGACAAUUUCUGAUCAAAAUUAAUUCAUCUUUGUACAAAAUGUGCUUGAGAAGUGUACCUUUAUUUUAACGGUUAAAUGGCGCCUGUAAGUCUAGUCUAAUUGACGCAAUUCAAUUCUAAAAAUCUAUUCUGUGUUUUACCGUUCAUACCUUAUUCAAAUAAACUUGGCAACAAAUUUGAA